UUUUAUUAUUCUUCAAUUCCCAGAAUCCCAGAUGCAUGGUGUCUUCAAUCUCAUGGUUGUUUUUGUCUGAAUUCAAUUAGGUUUAGGGUUUUGCUUGAUUGAUUUAAAUUGCAGCUGUGUUAUCAACUCUUAGUUCGUAGUUGAGUAGUCAGAAGCAUUGAGAUGGAGACGCAUGGCAGCAGCAGCGGCAGAAGCAAGAAGGAAAGGGAGUCGUCGAGAUCCAGCCGUGACCGCCGCCGCCGUCGUCGAGCUUCGGAUUCCGAUUUGUCCCAGUCAGAUUCCGGUUCUCACGCCGCUGCCACGGACUCGGACUCUCCCAGUCGCGAAUCGUCUCCGCCUAGCCGCAGUUCCAAUCGCCGCCGCCGCAGUCGGAGCCGGCGGCGGAAGUCUGAUGAUUCUGACUCGGAGGAGGAUGAACGGAGGAAGAGUAAGAAGAAGAGGAAAAUUACUGACGAGCAGAUUGCCGAGUACAUGGCGAAGAAAGCUGAGAGGAGGUUGAAGAAGGCUGCGAAGAAAUUGAACGCUAAACAGAAGCUUUCUAGCUAUUCCAACGAUUCAAACCCGUUUGGUGAUUCGAAUUUAAACGAGAAAUUUAUCUGGGAGAAGAAAAUCCACCGCGAUAUAUCUCGGGGUGUUCCGCUCGAGUCCUUCUCGUUAAAAGCCGAGAAGGAACGACAGAAAGAGCGAAUAGCAGAAAUCGAGAAGGUGAAGAAACGGAGAGAAGAGCGAGCAAUUGAAAAGGCGCAGCGUGAGGAAGAAAUGGCACUGCUUGCCAGAGAGCGAGCUAGGGCUGAGUUUCAGGAUUGGGAGAAAAAAGAGGAGGAAUUCCACUUUGACCAAAGCAAAACCAGGACGAAGAUCCGGAUUCAACAAGGUCGAAUCAAGCCAAUUGAUGUUCUUAUCAAGCAACUAGAUCCUUCUGAUGAUUUCGAUAUCGAAAUCAACGAGCCAUACAUGGUGUUCAAGGGUUUGACAAUGAAGGAAAUAGAAGAACUUCAGGAGGAUAUCAAAUUGCACCUUGAUUUGGAUAGAGCUACAGAGACGCAUGUACAAUAUUGGGAAGCGCUUUUGGUGGUUUGCAAUUGGGAAUUAGCAGAGGCCCGGAAAAGGGACGCUAUGGACCGAGCCAGAGUGCGGGGAGAGCACUUACCACCGGAGUUGCAGGCUGAAGAAAGGGGUUUACAUUCCAGCAUUGAAACAGAUGUGAAGCUUCUCUUGCAGGGUAAGAGUUACGGUGAAUUGGAAGCCUUACAAUCACAAAUUGAGUCCCAGAUGCAAUCUGGAACAGCCAAAGUGGUUGAAUAUUGGGAAGCUGUUCUUAAGCGGCUUCAGAUUUUCAAGGCUAAGGCUUGUCUUAAAGAAAUUCAUGCAAAAAUGCUGCGCAAAUAUCUAGAACGGCUUGAGACACCAUCUGAGAGGAAAGAUGAUGAAAAAGAUUUGGAAUUUAGGCAUGAUGAAGAAGAUCUGGAUUAUAUUCAGAAGGAUGAUCGAGCUGUAUCUGCAGAGCCUGUGCUGAAUGAAGAUACUAAGGAGGAGGAGGUGGAAGAAGAACAAGAAGAUGAAGAUGAUGAUGAUGAUGAUGAUGAUGAUGAAGAUGACAAUGAUGGAUCAUAUUCGCCUGUGUUAGUACAGGAUGACGAAAAGGAAGAGGCAAUUGAUCCUGAAGAAGACAGAGCUAUGCUUGAAAAGAACCGAAUGGCAGUUCUGGAAGAGCGUCGCCUACAGGAUAUGAUUCCAAAACCAAAACUGCCUGAAGACAACUUUGAGAAGAAGGCCUUGAAAGCCAUGGGAGCUAUGGAGGAAGGAGAUGCAGUGUUUGGCUCUAAUGAUGAAGUUAAUCUCGAUUCACAGGUUUACUGGUGGCACGACAAGUACCGCCCAAGGAAGCCAAAGUACUUCAAUCGUGUUCAUACUGGAUACGAAUGGAACAAGUACAAUCAGACUCAUUAUGACCAUGACAAUCCACCCCCGAAAAUUGUACAGGGAUACAAGUUCAACAUCUUUUAUCCAGAUCUUGUUGACAAAUCAAAAGCUCCAACUUAUGUAAUAGAGAAGGAUGGAGACAGUGUUGAUACCUGCAUCAUCAAGUUUCAUGCAGGCCCCCCUUACGAGGACAUAGCAUUCCGAAUUGUUAACAGAGAAUGGGAAUAUUCACACAAGAAAGGGUUCAAAUGCAUAUUUGACAGAGGGAUCCUACAUCUGUACUUCAAUUUCAAACGCUAUAGAUACCGUCGAUGAAGCAUCAGGCUAGCAGCAUCUAUCUUUGUCUGCAAGCUUGAUAAGGUGUUUUCUUCAUCAUAUUAUGAAUUCCUGUUAGCCAUUACUUAUUCCAUUUACACUUUAUGCUGUUUUAGCAGUGCUGUCAUGUGUAAAACUAGUAAGCAGUUGCAGUGUUGGAAUCUGUUUCUUUCUUGUUCCAUUAGUCAUAGUGUUUAAAAUUACUCUAAACUGACAUGUUCAAUAUAUAUUUACUUCCAAUGAAAUGAAAUUCAGUGCACCAUUGAUUUUGUU